AUGGAGCAUCUCUGCUCCCUCCUGGCCACGGCAUUGCUGGCAACGAGCCUGGUGCAGGCUUCUGAGAAGUCUAUGGGAUCUCCCCGCAUUGUGGGGGGUAAUGAUGCCAAGAAUGGGUCCUGGCCCUGGCAGGUCAGCAUCCGUGAAGGCAGCAACCACAUCUGUGGAGGGUCCCUCAUUGCUGAGAGCUGGGUGGACAAGUCUGCCUAUCAUGGGAACCUAGGGGAAUAUCAGCUCCUGAACCCCUCUGAAAGUCUGGUAUCUCUUCCCAUCAAGGAGAUUUACUGCCACCCAAGCUACACUGAUAUCGGGUCCAGCGGUGACAUCGCGCUGGUGGAGCUGGAAACCCCUGUGAGCUAACGAAGUUAUCAACCCAUCUGCCUUCCGGCCUCCUCUGUGGAGUUCCCCGCGAGCAUGGAGUGCUGGGUGACCGGCUGGGGUGACACUCAUUAUGGAGGGAGCCUGACAGCCCCCAAAACCCUGCAAGAGGUGCAGGUUCCCCUGAUAGACAGAGACACCUGCAACAGCCUCUUCAACACCGGUUCAUACCCAGACGACCCUCAGGGGAUCGAUCCCAUCAAGCAGGAUAUGAUCUGUGCAGGGUAUCCACAAGGGGAGAAAGAUGUGUGUCAGGGUGACUCUGGGGGACCCUUGGUCUGCGAAUGGGACAGCGCGUGGCUCUUGGCUGGGGUGGUGAGCUGGGGCAUGGAAUGCACAUGCCCCAACCGCCCGGGGGUCUACAUCCUGCUGCCCCCCUACGCUGACUGGAUCCAGGGCUACAUCCCCACCAUACCCUUCAUCGUGCAUAGCAUGUCCGUCAUGCAGCCCAGCAGUGACGCGAGAUCGCUACGGCGCCUUAUUCGGCUGCAGCUCUCUGAACCUGACCUCCUGGUGUUCUUGGUAACAGACCCUUGA